CCUCUGAGGGUUAAAGCAUGCAGGUCUCCAUGUUUCUUCUAAAUCAGCAGCUUUCUUGAAAGUCAGCUGAUUUACUUCUAACCAAUCAGUUGUUUCUCACAGUAGGACAUUUGCAUUGGGCACUGCCUUCGCUGUCUGAACUCUUAUAAAAGUUAAGAAACAGGAUGUCGAGUUCACUUUCAGCUGAACAACUUACAGGGUGGUGUACUCUUGGCUCGUCUGUUCCAACAUUAAGACUCCAGGUUUUCAGGAUUACCAUGGGAAAUUCAAAUGAUCACAACUCAACUGAAGGCAUCCAAGAAGCAAUACAAAACAAUGAUCGAGAAAAGAUCCAGCAGUACUUGGACUUGGAGAAAAAUAUUCCACUAAAUAUUGCCGUCACAGGAGAGUGUGGCUCUGGUAAAUCCACCUUUGUUAAUGCCUUCAGAGGCAUACAGGACGGGGAGGAGGGAGCCGCCCCUACUGGUAGUGUGGAAACCACCUCAGAGGUUACACCAUACCUCCAUCCAAACUAUCCCAAUGUUACACUAUGGGAUCUUCCUGGUAUUGGCACCACCAACUUUCCAGCUAAGAAGUACCUGAAGCUUGUUAAAAUUGAAAGGUUUGACUUCUUCAUCAUCAUCUCAGCCACUCGCUUCAAAGAAAAUGAUGUGAUGCUCGCUAAGAAGAUUCAGAAGAUGGGGAAAAAGUUCUACUUUGUUCGCUCAAAGAUAGACCUUGACUUACAAAAUCAGGAAAGAAGCCAGAGGGAUAUCAACGCAGAAAGGAUUCUUUCACAAAUCAGGGAAGACUGCAUUCAAGGUCUUCAGAGGGCAGGUAUUGUGUCUCCACAAGUGUUCCUGGUGUCCAGCUUUGAUCUCCAGCUGUAUGACUUCCCUCUCUUUGGGGAAACCUUAGAGAGAGAACUUCCUGAACACAAGAGAGAUGUCCUGCUGUUGGUCAUGCCCAAUAUCAGCCCAGAGGUCAUCAACAAGAAGAAAGCAGCGUUCCAUAAUAAAAUCAAAUACUGGGCUAUGCUUAGUGCAACUGUAGCAGGUGUACCAGUUCCUGGGCUUUCUAUUACUGUUGAUGUGGUCAUGUUGGUUGGUGUUGUCAUCCAAUACGUACUUGGGUUUGGUCUUGAUAUCCCGUCACUGAAGAGACUCUCUAAUAGGACAAAUGUGCCAUUCAAUGAUCUGACUGCCGUCAUCUUUUCACCACUGGCUGCAACAGAAAUAACCUCUGAUCUUCUCUUGAAGGUGAUUGGUCGAUUUGCAGGCACAGCAGCAUUAAUAACAGCAGAGGAAGGGUCCAGAUUAAUUCCAAUAUUUGGAAUCCCAUUAGCAAUGGGCCUCUCUUUUAAAUCCACCUACAACAUUCUCCAAACCAUCCUCAACAUGCUUGCUGAGGAUGCUCAUAGAGUGUUAAACAAGGUCCUGGAAUCAAACACCUUGGGGUGAUAUUGUAAAGUGGAUGGCAAUGGCAUUUGAUGGCACAUAUAAAACUGCAGUGUACUAAAGAGCUUUUGAAUGAUCUUUAUGCGUAUAUUGCAUUGUAUUUGUUUAUACUCUAUACAAAUCAUAAUAUUGUAUUUUAACUGCACA